AUGUCGAAGCCGGUGACGGUGCUGGGCCGGCUGGCACUGCUCACGCUGGGCUGGUGUUGCUGGUCGGGCUGGGGUCAUCAGGCGGUCAACCGGGCCCCGUACUUUGUCCACGGCGGCGACAUGGCUCGGCUGGCCGUGUCGGAGGGCACGCCACCCGGGGCCCCGGUUUACACGCUCCAGGCCGAGGAUCCGGAGGGGUCGAAGUUGCGCUACUCUAUCAGCGGGGAGCACUUUAGCGUCGACAGGGACACGGGUGUCGUUGUGCUCAGGAGGGCGCUGGAUCGAGAGGCGCAAGACAUCAUCGAGGUCAUCAUUAGCAUCACUGACGAGGGUAUAGCCGGUUCGGAGCCGAACACCAUGUCGCUGCGCCGCGAGAUAGCAGUCCUCGACGAGAACGACAAUCCGCCGGUCUACCUGGGCCGGCCGUACGCCGCCCGAGUCCCGGAGAGCGCCCGAGUGGGUGGUCCGUUACUCGCGGCCCGCACCAUCGUGGUUACCGAUCGCGACGGUGGUGUCAACGCCGAUGUCACCGUCACCUGCGUCCCAGCCACCAGGGACGACGACGCCUGCCGCGUGUUUGCCGUCUCCGCGACCAAGCUGGCAGAGGGUAAGUACGACGUGCAGAUCACACUCACGGAGCCUCUGGACUACGAGCGGAGGAACUCGUACCUCAUCAACCUGGUCGCCACGGACGGGGCCAGCGAUCCCCUCAAGAGGCUACAGGCAAAGGCCACCGUCGCCGUCGACGUGCUCGACGUUCAGGACCAGCCGCCGACUUUCCUGAACGCGCCGUACAGCGCGGCCCUGCCCGAAAACAGUCCGGCCGAGGUGACGGUACUCACGGUCCGUGCUCGGGACGGCGACACGGGCCAGCCCCGGCCCCUGGCGCUGAGUCUCGAGCACGAGACCGUGGGCUACUUCCGCCUCGAGACCGAGCGCCAGGGCGACGUGACCCUCGGCCGCCUCGUGACGACCAACGUCUCGCUCGACCGCGAAGACCCGAGCAUCCUCGAGAACGGCGGCAUCUACAGCUUCGAGGUCCGGGCCACCGAGCUGGUUGGCGGUGAACUACGCCCGGCCGAUUCCUCGAUGUCCAUGGUCACGAUCGUGGUCACCGACGUCGACGACGUGGCGCCCAGGUUCAGCGAGGAGCUGUUCAGCCUCAGGAUCUCCGAGGACAUUGGCACCGACACGCCGCUACCUGGUCUGAACAUGCUGGUGACCGACGACGACGUGGGGGAGAACGCAAAGUACAAACUGGCCCUGGCCGACGCGCCGAAUUACCCGGGGGUGAGCGCGGCUUUCGCCAUCAGUCCGGAGGAGGGACAGGGCCGCGUGUCGGUUGUCAUCAGAGCCAGGGACUCGAGCGUUCUGGAUUACGACUUGCCCGACAACAGGGAGCUCGAGUUCGAGGUCACCGCUUUGGUCGGGAAUCGAGUCGUGGCCUCGUCGACGGUCCACCUGCAGUUGGUCGACGCGAACGACCACAGCCCCGAAUUUUCCAAGUCCGUGUACCGGCUUACGGUGCCCGAGGACGCGGAGAUCGGCCGUAAGUUCGGGGACGUGCGAGCCAGGGACGACGACAGCGACCUCUACGGCGAGCUCACGUACAAUUUGCGGGGCUUUGGGGCGGAGAGGUUCCGCACGGAUGCGCAGAGCGGUGGGGUGUACGUGGCCAAGGGUCUGGACUACGAGGUCCAAAAGUCGUACUCGCUAACCAUGGAGGCCAGGGACGGCGGGGGCAAGAUCUCGACGGUCAACGUACUCGUUGAUCUCGAGGAUGUCAACGACAACGAGCCCGUCUUCGAGCAGUCCGAGUACACGAGGAUCGUCCGAGAGGGCGCCACCAGCUUUGAUCCACAGAUGUUCAUCAGGGCCACCGAUGUGGACGGACCAAGCCAGGGGGAUGGCAGGAUUACGUAUUCCAUUAGCCAACACAACAGCAUGAACGACGGGGUUUUGAAGAUCCACCCCGACACCGGAGAACUGACCCUCGCUAGCCCAGCUCGCUCGAGCGACACCGAGCGCGGCAUCUACGAACUAACGGUCCGUUCGACGGAUUAUGGAACACCAGCGAAAUUCGCCGAGGCGAAAAUUUACAUCCGCGUCGGUGUGCCGGGCAACCAGAAGCCCAUAUUUCGCGGCAAUUUCAAGUCCAGUCUACCUGGACCAAAUGCGUAUCGCGCGAGGAUACUCGAGAAUGCCACGCCAGGCACCGAGGUCAUCCGUGUCAUGGCAAAUGACCCGGACGGCCGCGACAAUCUGCUCCAGUACCAGAUCAGGUCGGGAGCGAAGGACAACUUUGUGAUCAACUCGAGCUCCGGGGUGAUAACCGUGUCACCCGACGCGAGGCUGGACCUCGAAACGGGUGGCGAUCGGUACGAAGUGAUCGUCUACGCCAUAGAUUCCGGGACUCCGAUACGCGAGACCGCCACUACUACCGUCACCGUGACCAUCAUCGAUGUCAACAACAAACCGCCCGUCUUUGAAAACUCGACCUAUCUGGUUUACGUCUCGGAGAGGGCAGCUAUCGGAGAAACUGUAUUGAAAGUAACGGCGGUCGACCCCGACGUGGACGCAGAGAUCGAGUACUCGAUAGUCGAGCCGAUCAGGGCCAUGGACAAGACCGGCGUGGCCCUCAAGAGCAGCGUGUACGACUACAGGACGGCCUUCCGGAUGAACAGUAGCAGCGGGGCGAUAGCCGUGAACCGAGGCCUGGACUACCAGACAGUGGCCGUCGUUAUCUUGACGAUCGAGGCAAGGGAUGUCAAUGCCGCCUUUGACAAGGAGAAGCAGGUCAGCAAGGCUGAGGUGGCGGUCUACGUGCAGGCUUACAGCGACGACAACCCGACCUUUACGAAUCCCGGCUGGUCACCCAACAACCCGACCAUCAAACUUACGGUACCCGAGGAACAACCGCUCGGCACGACUCUGCUGAUGCUGAUGGCCAAGGAGCCCCAGACCGGCUACGCGAUUCAGAGGUUCGAGCUCGCGCGUGGGGACAACGACGGAGCCUACGUCAACGUCGGGGUCCAAAGUGGCAACGUUGUUCUUAACAGCCGAUUGGACUACGAGGCUUUGGGCCAAAAGGUCAUCAGGUUCAAGGUGCGAGCUCUGACCAGAGACUACGAGAUCACGAGGAGAAUGUCGGAGGCGAACGUACAAGUCUCUGUCCAGGACGUCAACGACAACAGUCCCGAGUUCACCCAGAAGGACUACAAGAUCGCAGUCCUGGAGUCCGAUAAACCACCCAAGGUCGUGCUUACGGUCAAAGCUACCGAUAUGGACAGCGCCAAUUCCGAGGCGGAGAUCAAACGCGGCUAUGGGGUGGUCAGGUACUCCCUCACAGGGGAGAACGCCAACCUGUUUGAAAUAGACCCCGUCAAUGGUAGUAUACGAAUCGCAGCCAACACGACCCUGGAUAGAGAGAGACAGUCGGUGCUUCGUUUGUACGCCAUUGCAGCCGACAUGCCCGAGGGAGGAGCCGAGCAAAGAACGGCAAGGGCGCUGGUUACGGUCGACGUCCUCGACGUUAACGACAAUGCCCCGAUGUUUCCCCAGGACUCGUACACCGCGGUCGUGCCGGAGAACGCGCCGACCGGCGUUAGCGUCGUUAACAUCACCGCGACCGAUCCGGACGAAGGCGCUGGGGGAGUAGUGCGUUUUGAAAUCAUCGACGAAGGCGAAGCCAAUGGUCUAUUCAAAAUAAAUCAUACCUCGGGCGAGAUAAUGUCCAGCCGAGAACUGACCGGCAAAGGCCGCACGGAGCCGUACUUUAUGAGGGUACGAGCCCAGGACUCUGGUGAGCCACCGCUCCACUCGGACGUCAAGCUGACCCUGUACAUCGGUGACGUGGUCAGCAACGAUGGUGUCCCUCUGUUCAUCAGGCCGACUCUGGACGAAGUGGCCACAAUUGCCGAGAACUCGACUAUCGGCAGUCCCGUUUUUCAGGUGGUCGCCUCCGACCCGGACGACCCGAGCUUGCCAAACGGGAAGAUAACCUUCAAGUUUCUGGAAGAUGGCAAUUCCGGCAGCGACGCCGGCGCCUUUGAGCUCAACAGCGACACGGGCCUCAUAAUAACGAAGAAGCUGCUCGACCGCGAGACCAAGGAUAGCUACACUCUGAUCCUCGUGGCCCAGGAUCUUGGCGAGCCACCCCAGCAGGCGACCCGUAUUUUACAGGUCAAGGUCAUGGACAUCGAUGAUCACAAGCCGCACUUCAAGCGGAGCUUCUACAGUCCGCCGCUAGAGUUCAACGUCAAGGAGGAGGUGCCAGUGGGCACGAGAAUAGGAACCGUUCAAGCGAUGGACGAGGAUGUCGGGGAGAACGGGAUGAUCGACUACGCGAUCAUAUACGGCAACGAAGCUGGACUUUUUGCCGUCGAGCGUCUCGCCAACAACAGCGCCGUGAUCAAGUCCACCGGCAGGCUGGACAGGGAAGUGGCCGAAAAGUACCUGCUCACCGUUAAGUGUUUCAAGUACUCGACGCGCCACGUCGACGUGGUGCCCAAGCCGUACAACAGGCAAGAUCCCACCGAGAGACAGGUCCUCGUGAGGAUAGUCGACAUCGACGACAACCGGCCCCAGUUCAAGAAGCACAAUUUCACGAUCGGAGUAAGACUGAACGUCCCCAUCGACACGAGCCUGAUAACGCUCGAGGCCACCGACGUGGACGCCGACGCGCUCCCGAUCAACUACAACAUGGGCGAGGUGUCCUUUGUGUCUCUGGUCGAGCAGACGAUGUCGAGGGGCUCGAUACCACCGCCGCUGGCCCUGAACAACCGGACCGGGGAAAUAAGGACGACGGGCUCGCUGUCUACCUACGCCGAUGGCUACAUGGAGGUCCCCGUCUCGGCCAACAACUCCCUCGUGCCCAGCCGGGACACGAACGUCACCUUGCGGAUAUUCCUGCUGAGGGACCGGGACAUGCUCAAGUUUGUCUUCUCAAAGCCACCGGUCGAGGUACGCAAGCGGCUCGACGAAUUCGAGAGGGCCGUCCAGCAAGCCUUGCUCCUCCCCAUAUCCGUGAACGUCUACGACACCCAGUUCUAUGCCAAGGAGGACAACUCCCUGGACUUCUCGUCGACGAGCUCGUGCUUCCAGAUGGUCGGCCGGGAGUCCUACAGCCUCGGCGAGAUGAAGGCCCUGCUCAACGAUCCCAAGAACGAGGAGCUCAAGACGGCUUACAAGAAGUUCCACGUCGAGAAGGUCCAGAACUGCGCGACCACACCCACGCGAACCGACGCGUCGGCCACCCAGAUGUGGGUCCUGGUCAUCGCCUCGCUGAUCGCCGUGGUCGCCGUGGUCGCCAGUUGCACGAUCUGCUGCAUGCACUCGAGGUUCAAAAAGGAGGCCAAGCACGCGCGGUUGCAGAAUCAACCGCGACCCACCCUGAGCUACGUGUCCUCGGCCCCGGGGAUGAUAAGUUCCGGCUCGCACACGACGCUCGGGCCCGGGACGAUUGUUUCCGUUGGUCCCCACGAUGGCCCGUACGAGUGGGGAAACACGCUGUACCACCCGAGCACGCUCUCGAGACCCUAGCGUUUGGACUUUUUCUAUUGAAAACGAAGAGUGAAACGAACACUCGAAAAGUUGCGCGUUGGGACGUCUUUGCGUGUUUUUCAAUGUGCCAAUUGGUUUUCGGAGGAAAUCAAAAUAUGGAUGGAGUGUGUCCGUGUACAGGUGCUAGUGAAAUAUAGUUACUAUGGAA